AUGUCGUAUGUUGCUUCUUCUCCUAAUUUUCAAAAACUCCAAAACCCUAAAUUCAUUCGCUUCUUCUCCUCUUCACCUAAAAGCCUAUACUCUCAAUUCCACAACCAAAAUAAAGACGAACAAAAUCUCGUUUGCUUAUUCAAUCAAUUGCUACUUCAAAACAAUCCAUCCAUCUUCCGAUUUAACAAAAUUUUAGGUUCCUUUGUUAAGCUAAAUCAAUACUCCACUGUUGUUUCACUUCAUCGACAGAUGGAAUUAAAUGGAAUUUCCUCAGAUUUUGUCACUUCCAACAUAUUGAUCAAUUGUUUUUCACAAUUAGGUCAAAUCUCUCUUUCCUUUUCUGUAUUUGCCAACAUUCUCAAAAAGGGUUUUCAUCCAGAUGCCAUAACCUUUAAUACACUCAUCAAGGGUCUCUGUCUCAAAGGUCAGAUCCAUAAAGCAUUCAACUUUCAUGAUAAGGUCGUAGCGCAGGGAUUCCGGUUAGAUCAAGUUAGUUAUGGGACCUUGAUCAAUGGGUUAUGUAAACUUGGACAAACAAGAACAGCCCUACAACUGCUGAGACGAGUUGAUGAGAAACUGCUUCAACCUACUGUGGUAAUGUACAAUGCAAUUAUUGAUAGUAUGUGCAAGGAUAAACUUGUUAAUCAUGCUUUUCAUUUAUAUUCUGAAAUGAUUGCUAAGAGAAUUUCUCCUGAUGUUUUCACUUACAAUACUUUAAUUAAUGGCUUUUGCAUCGUGGGUAGGUUAAAACAAGCAAUUCAUUUGUUUAAUAAAAUGAUAUCGGAAAACAUCAACCAUAAUAUUUAUACCUUUAAUACGUUGGUUGAUGCAUUUUGUAAGGAAGGAAAAGUGAAAGAAGCUAAAAAUGUGUUUGCUAUCAUGAUCAGAAAAGGUGUUAAACCUGAUAUUGUUACUUAUAACUCUUUAAUGGAUGGAUAUUGCUUACUUAAAGAAAUUAACAAGUCCAGUGGUAUAUUCAACACUAUGGCUCAGAUGGGAGUGGUUCCUGAUGUUCAAUGCUACAAUAUCAUGAUUAAUGGAUUUUGUAAGAUUAAAAUGGUAGAUGAAGCCAUGAAUCUCUUCAAUGAAAUGCUUUGUAGAAAAAUUAUUCCUGAUACGAUAACUUACAGUUCCCUUAUUGAUGGUUUGUGCAAAUCGGGAAGAAUCUCAUAUGCUUUGGAGCUUGUCGAUGAGAUGUAUGAUAGAGGUCAACCACCUGAUAUAAUUACUUACAAUUCUAUAUUGGAUGCUUUGUGCAAAAACCACCAUGUUGACAAGGCAAUUGCUUUAUUAACAAAAAUUAAAGAUAUGGGUAUUCAACCAAACAUGUGCACAUAUAAUAUUCUUAUUGAUGGAUUGUGUAAAGGUGGAAGAUUGAAUGACGCUCAAAAGGUUUUUGAGGAUCUUCUGGUCAAAGGCUACAAUCUUGAUGUCUAUACAUAUACUGCUAUGAUCCAUGGGUUUUGUAAAAAUGGGUUUCUUGAUGAAGCAUUGGCCAUACUAUCAAAACUGAAAGACAAUAGUUGCAUUCCAAAUGCCGCAACGUAUGAAAUUAUUAUCCGUUCUCUAUUUGAUAACGAUGAAAAUGAUAAGGCGGAGAAACUUCUUCGUGAAAUGAUUUCAAGAGUUGCUUCACCCAAUGGAAAGAAGGGUUUUGUUAUCUCUUUUGGCUAAGUGUGUUUAUAUUUCCCGACUACUUGAUCGGCAUGUUCCAACUUGGAGAAAUUGGUAGGAUAUGAAAAUUAUUAAUGUCAUAAGAGUGUUGUUGGGUUCAAUUUGUACUAAUUGUAUUACACUUGCUCUAGCCAAUGUUUUUUUUAUCAACAAUAGCUAAUAUCUAGAAACUUUAUAUAGUCAAAAUUUCAUUUCAAUACAGAAGUAGAAUACAUGUGAUAUCUAAGGGAAUUGGAUCAUGGAUACAGGUCUAGAGACUGAAAGCAAACUUGUUAUGGCUUGGGAAAUAUAAUAUCUUGUUAUUCCUUGCAUUAUCAUGACCAAAGAAGUAACUAGUUAUGGCUUGGUUUGUGAGUUUAAUACUUGAAAUGAUUAUGUGUGUGGCUUGUAAUGAAAUUAUUAGCUGAAACGUUUCUCUGCAAUAUCUGUUUUGCUGCAAAAUUCUAAUGUCUGCACUUUUUGGACAGAAUUUAUUGUUCUUAAUUGGGCUUAAGAAGAUGUGUUGGUCGUAGGAAACUGGGUUAAUUAAGAUUUGUUCUGUUGAGCCUAUCUUAGGGAUACUAAAUUGAAUUGGGACAGAACAAGUAAGCUUAUUAUUAUUUUUCUUUUUAAUACUUAUACUUCUGCAUUAUAGUUCUAAUCUUACGAAGCUUAUCUGUUUUAGAAUGAUAAGCUUAAGGUUGAGUUUCUAAGACCUGAACUGUAAACAACAGACAUAAGUUUGGCUUUGCCCUUAAGCGAAGUAAGCUGAAAAUGACUUUAAUUGCUCUUGUGGUUACAUUAAAUUACUGUCUAAUGAGUAACUAAGGCCUCAUUGCAGCUGCAUAAUCUACUCAAAUAUGCAUUAAAGACUAAUAUUGAGAACUGGAAUGGUCUUCAAGUUGUUUGGUCACUAGGCUUAGAGUUUUAAACUUGCAUGCAGAAGGAGGGAGCAUGAUUCUAUUUUCUACAUAACUGCUGGUGCUGCAGUUUUGGAUGAUAAUUUAUCUUAAAUUUUGGUUUGGAGUUUUUUAAUAUUUUAGAAUGAUAUGGUUAGAAAAAAUAUUCCUAAUGUUGUAACGUACAGUUCCCUUAUUUUAGAAUUAUAUGGUUGGUUUAAACUGCUGCCACAUUCCUGCUUUUAGUAUAAAGCCAAGCCUAGUGGCUGUUACAGAGGUCAGGAACCUGUACGAAUAUUUCAGGGAUUUACAAAUGAAUUCAAAGUUAUACAAGUAGUUAUUUGAUGUUGUUUCUUGCAUUA